AUCGACGAUCUCAAAGAGGAGAACGGCACGCUCGAGAAGAAGCUGCUGCACCUCGCAAAUACACGCGACGCUGAAAACGGCGCGGACAGCGACGCUAACGACGCGCAGGCGGCUCUGAUUUCGUCGCUGCAGGAAGAUAACGACAGACUCGGCGUGGAGGUUAAGGAGGCACGUGUGUUCGUGAAAGAGAGGAAGGCGAGAGAAUCCGAGACAACAGAGAAAGUGGGUGAACUGGAGGGUGAGAUCAAGGAGCUGAAGGACAG